AUGAUAGCAGAGCUGAAUUACGAAGCGAUUCCAGGAAAUUCGCACCUCGUUGAUAUCGGCGAGAAAACGGCAACGGGGGAAGUGAAAAACGAAAUUGUGCUCAUACCAACGCCGUCAGACGAUGUCAACGACCCACUUAAUUGGACGCCACUCCGCAAGUGGACCGCAGUCGCUUGCGUGUUAGUGUACACGUUGGGAGUCGGAGUGCCUUCUGCAGCAAUCUAUUCGGUUUUGGCCAGCAUCGAAGAAAACAGAAAUAUCUCAUUAGGUGACCUGAAUAACGGGACGGGGUACAUGUUUCUGUUUUUCGGACUGGGCUGCCUUGUAUUCCAACCCCUGGCACUGCAAUUUGGCAAAAGACCAGUGUACCUAUUUUCGAUGUUGGCUACGGCAAUGAUCUGUGUAUGGCCUCCCUACACCAAAUCCAAUGGCGAAUGGAUCGCGUCCAAGAUUCUACAAGGAUUUUUCGGGUCUACGAUCGAAUCCCUGCCAGAAAUUUCCAUGAGUGACUUGUUUUUCGAGCACGAAAGAUCGCUUGCCCUAUCUUUGUAUGGUUUGACACUUCUAUCCGCAUCGUAUCUUGCUCCGUUCGUCGCAGGCUUUAUUUCGCAAGGACAAGGCUGGGAAUGGGUGAUGUGGUGGUGCGCCAUCUUUGGUGCUGUGUGCUUCGUCUUCCUGUUCUUCUUCAUGGAAGAAACCAAUUACGACCGUAAACUGAAGAUCGAUUCUACAACAAACAAACCAAUAACACUCACUUCUCGUCAAGGUACUCUAGCGGCCGUUUUCUCUAACAUUGAUGAUAUAGUCGGUGAAGACUCCGGUUCCGACGGCGCCCAGGAGAAACAGAAUUACCAAGUCGAAGAGUCCAGAGAUCCAAUCAAGGCGAUCACGUCUGCUGAAAACAGUAAUGUCCAUAAUCAAGUCAGCAGAGUGGAAAUUGUUGAAUCUCACAACUAUGUCGGGGCCCAGAAAACUCCAAAAACUUUCUGGCAGAAGCUUUCCCUGACGAACGGCAAAAAGGAUAAGUUCUUGCUACAUCAUUACGCGAUAGCUCCAUUUUUCAUGGCUCGGUUUCCCGUGGUGUUGUGGGCCGGAUUUCUUUACGGUUCGUCGCUCGUGUGGUUUAACGUUUUGAACGCAACUGCUGCUCUCAUUUUGGGAGGCAAGCCUUACAAUUUUUCAGCGAGCAUUGUGGGUGUGUCGUAUCUUUCUCCUACCAUUUUCACCUGGAUUCUGUUUUUCGUAACUGGUGUUAGCUCUGACUGGCUCAAAGUGCGUAUCGCCAAACGUAGAGGAAAUGGGUUGAGUUUGCCAGAGGACAGACUAUGGAUUCUCUCGAUUUAUUGUGUUCUCGGCCUUGCAGCCUGCAUUUUGUGGGGUGUAGGCGCGUACUACGAAGUCCACUGGUUCGGUUUGAUUUUUGGCUUGGGACUUCUUGGAGGUUGCGGAAUCUUCGGAAUUGCGUCGUCCACUACAUACGUGGUGGAUUCUUACAAGGAACUCGACACCGAGGCGAUGGUCGUCGUCAUUGUGAUCCGAAACUGCAUGUCAUUUGCGGUAAGUUACGGUAUAACGGACUGGGUGGUAGAUCUGGGUUACAAGAAAUGUUUUAUCAGCGUGGGAUUUAUAUGUUUUGCCUGCAAUCUCACCUUCUUACUCAUGGUUUACACGGGACCCUGGUGGAGAAACAGACAAAAACACAUGUACUGGUCGAUGGUCGAGAAAUAUCGUAAACUCGGAAUGCAUUGA